CGGCAGGAAUCACAAUAGCUUUAAAGAAAGAGACAGUCGGGCACAGGCAGAUACAGUAGGGCAGAAGGAGAGAAAGAGACUGCCAGAGACAGGCAGAGAAGGAGAAGGGGUGGGGAGAGACAGCCAGAGUGCAAAUAGACAGGCACAGGGCAAACUGACUGGGAGAGACAGCCGGACAGAGGGCACACAGGCAAGGGUAGUUUCUGUAUUGGAAUAGACAGGGGCAGGUAUACAGGCUGUGGCUGGGGGUAAUCCAGGGCAGAUUGUGCGACUCACAGACUAGGGAGAGGGGCACCUGGCACCUACCUGCCCACCUACCUGCCCAAUGGGGCUCAGCCGGUACCUGUUGGGGUUGCUGUUGGGGGUACUUUGCACACCUGCCCCGGCCGAGGUGCUGUUCCGCUGCCCCCCAUGUUCCCCUGAGCGACUGGCCACCUGUCCCGGCAGCGCUCCCCGACCCCCCUGUGCCGAGCUGGUCCGGGCCCCUGGGUGCGGCUGCUGCCCGGUGUGUGCCCGGCUGGAGGGAGAGUCGUGCGGGGUGUAUACUGCUCGCUGUGCCGGGGGGCUGCGCUGUUACCCCCACCCCGGCUCGGAGCUGCCCCUGCAGGCACUGGUACUGGGGCUGGGAACCUGCGGCAAGCGGAGAGACACGGAGUAUGGGAGCAGCCAGGAGCGGGGUACCGAGCUGCCGGAGGAACGCUCGGACAACAUGCUUGUUGAUAACAAGUUAGAAGCUGGGCCGGCGGUUGCCGGGGAGGCCGCGCCGAGGAAACCCUCCAAAAAAGAGAUGAAAGAGAUCGCCGUGACCAGGGAGAGAGCCAAUGAGCAGCAGCGGUCGAAGAGCAACAAAAGUGAAGACAAGAAGAGACCGGCCAGGAGCCUCUGCCAGUUGCAGUUGGACCAGGUUCUGGAGCGGAUCUCGGGAAUGCACCUCCCUGAUGACCGGGGGCCCCUCGAGCACCUUUAUGCCCUUCACAUUCCCAACUGUGACAAGAACGGCUUCUUUAAUCUCAAACAGUGUAAGAUGUCGGUGAAUGGGCAGCGCGGGGAAUGCUGGUGUGUGAAUCCCAUCACUGGGAAGGCGCUACCUGGAUCACCCACUAUCCGAGGGGACCCCGAAUGCCACUUGUAUUACACGAGCCCGGAGGAGGGCCGGGCACAUACUCAGCGGGCCCCGUAGCACCGCAGUCCAAUCCCUGCCCGCCGCCGGCCAAUAUCACAAUCUUUGUUUCAUGCACAUUGGAUCAAACAAUCACCAUUGUUGCUGCGGCUCUGAAAGUGGGAAUUGGCUGCUCGAUGUAUUAGCCGAAAUCCUCAGCGGGCUUUCCAUUUACCAAAGAGAAAAACGCAUAUCCCGGCGGUUGGAUAACGAGGGAACAGAGGAUUUGGGAGAAUAAGUCAGAGCCAGCCAGUCAGAGCGUCCCUGUUUCAUUAGCCAAUCAGGAUGGACAUUACAAAUAAACCAAAUAACCAGCCCCAAGGGGAAAUAAACACCCAAAUAUAUCAAC